CUGGACUCGCAGUACGGCAUGUACGUGUGGCCCUGCGCCGUGGUCCUGGCCCAGUACCUCUGGGUCCACAGGAGGAGCCUGCCCGGCAAGAGGGUGCUGGAGAUCGGUGCAGGCGUGAGUCUCCCCGGAGCGGUGGCUGCCAAGUGCGGUGCUGAAGUCAUCCUGUCCGACAGCGAGGAGCUGCCCCAGUGCCUGCAGCGCUGCCGCAGGAGCUGCCUGAUGAACGGCCUGCCCCACGUACCUGUCAUCGGGCUGACUUGGGGGCGGAUAUCGCCAGAGCUGCUCUCACUCGCUCCUGUAGAUAUUAUUUUAGGAUCGGAUGUCUUUUUUGACCCAAAAGACUUUGAAGAUAUUUUAACUACAAUUUACUUCUUGCUGGAAAAGAAUCCACAUGCUCAAUUCUGGACUACUUAUCAAGUCCGAAGUGCUGACUGGUCUAUUGAAGCUUUGCUUUGCAAAUGGAAACUGAAGAAUACCCACAUUCCCUUACAUUCAUUCAGUGCAGACAAAGAGCACUUGGCCAGUUCUUCUCUGCCAGGAAGACAUACAAUUGAAAUGAUGAUCAUCUCACUAGCACAAUCAGAUGGUACUUAA